AUUGCACAAAAGGUAAUGCUACAGAUGUUAAAAAAUGGGAUGAGGCCUGUUAAAAAAAGUGCUAUAGAUUUCUUUUUUCUGCAAAUAUUGGGCGAGGGAUCAUUCAUAUACUCUCAAGUUUUUCACAAAAGAGUUUUCGAGGUGAAAGUAGUGUCAGUUAUGCGUGAAAAAGAUAUAAUGACUUCACUAACUUAUUUGCAUGGUGGGCAUCCUUAUUUCGUUUCAUUAUACUGCACUUUCCAGGACUCGACUCGUCUUUAUUUUGCUAUGACCUAUGCCAAAAAUGGGGACUUAUUGACUUAUUUACAUCGACUUGGUUCUUUUGAUGAAGAUGUAACGCUAUUUUAUUCUGCGGAAAUAGUAAGCGCCAUUGAUGUGCUUCACAAAUGUGGAAUUAUUCACAGAGAUUUGAAACCAGAAAAUAUUUUGCUGAGGGAUAAUUGGCACAUAAUGUUGUCUGAUUUCGGUUCAUCUAAAUUCAUUGAUCCAGAGAAAAGUAAGUUAAAUUUUAAAGUUUCAGAUGAAGCAGGUACAAAAAAUGAUAUUCACGAGGGGCAUUAUCGUAGUAGAUCGACAUUUGUUGGCACUGCUCAGUAUCUUUCACCAGAAGUACUAGUAGAUGGAGUAGUCGGUCCAUCAUGUGAUUACUGGGCCUUAGGUGCCAUAAUUUUUCAAAUGGUAUCUGGAUUACCACCAUUUCGUGCUAUCAAUGAUUAUCAUACUUUUCAAAAGAUACAAAAACUGGAUUAUAGUUUUCCAGAAGGUUUCCCUGAACUUUCUAAAGAUCUGGUACCCGACCCAAAUCAACGUCUUGGCAGUCUUUCGGUCCGCUCACAUCCAUAUUUCGCUACUGUUGAUUGGGAAAAUUUAAUUACAAGAACUCCACCACCCUUCAAACCAUACAUACCUGCAAGUUCUGGUGAACCAGCCUUUCACAGUGAUUAUGAUUUUCCAAGUGAUAUUGAACCUGGUCUUGAUGAUGCAGCUGUUACGCGCUUACUAGGCCUUUCUCUUAGAGAUUUCAAUUCUUCCAGACUUGAAUGGAAGGCGAAGAAACCCGAGUCGUAUGAGUCGCAUCAAAACAAACUGAGUAUGCAACGCAAAGAACAUAAAUAUCACUCGUUUGUGGAGGACAAUUUAAUCGUUAAAAGUGGAUUGUUGGACAAAAAAAAGGGAUUAUUUGCUCGGCGAAGGAUGUUUUUAUUAACAGAAGGGCCAAAUAUAUAUUACGUUGAUCCUAUCAGUAUGGAACUGAAAGGCAAAAUACCUUUUUGUCGGAAGUUGCGAGUUGAAGCAAAAAAUUUUCGAACUUUUUUCGUACAUACACCGACUCGUACCUACUACCUGUUUGAUCCAGAACGAAAUGCAAUGGAAUGGUGCAAGGCUAUAGAAGCUUUGCGUGAACAGUAUCUACAUGAAAAAAGUAAACUGUCAUUAAAAGAAAAGUUAAGUAACCACAAGAAAAAUGUUGCAUUAAUUUAA